CUCAGCUUGUUUGUCAGAUUGUGUAUAGUUAUAUAGUAUAUAGGGGCGUGUGUUUCGGUGUGGUUACGUACGGGUCGGUUGUGUUAUGUUAACCAACGGACGUAGAAUGUUACGAGGACGAGUCAAACAUUUACUGCACUGUAUUUUUUAUUUUUCCUUCAUAUUUCUGUUCCUCGUAUUUGCUGGUGCCAUUGAUUUAAAUGAAGAGAAAAAUGCUAUUCCGGAUCCCUGGGAGACUUACGGGUUUUAUGGGGCAAGCCUCCUUUACCUCCUCAGGUUAUGUACCUUGCUGACAAUACCUCAGGUGCUGUGCAAUUUUGCUGGAUUAAUAUUUUUCAACGCCUUUCCGGGAAAGGUAAAACUAAAAGGUUCCCCAUUACUGGCACCCUUCAUCUGCGUCAGAGUCGUGACUAGAGGUGACUUUCCAAAACUGGUGAAGACUAAUGUUUCAAGAAACAUGAACACUUGCAUUGAUGUUGGAAUGGAGAACUUUAUGAUAGAAGUUGUCACUGAUAAAGCUUUGAAUCUGUCAAAGCAUAGAAGAGUAAGAGAAGUGGUGGUGCCAUCUGAAUACCAGACAAAGAGCGGUGCUCUGUUCAAGUCUAGGGCACUCCAGUAUUGUUUAGAAGACAAUGUCAAUAUAUUGGCAGAGACUGAUUGGAUAGUGCAUUUAGAUGAAGAGACUCUAUUGACUGAGAACUCUGUUCGGGGUAUUUUGAAUUUUGUGCAAGAUGGACAGCACCAGUUUGGCCAAGGCCUAAUCACAUAUGCUAAUGAGCAAGUGGUCAACUGGCUGACCACCCUGGCGGAUAGCUUCCGAGUGGCGGAUGACAUGGGCAAGCUGAGGUUUCAGUUUUAUUGGUUCCACAAGCCUCUGUUCAGUUGGAAAGGCUCCUAUGUAGUUACACAGAUGGGUGCAGAAAAGAGAGUGUCAUUCGACAAUGGUUUGGAUGGAUCCGUGGCUGAGGACUGCUACUUCGCCAUGAAAGCGUACAUGGAAGGGUACUCAUUUAAUUUUAUAGAAGGUGAAAUGUGGGAGAAAUCUCCGUUUACAUUGUGGGACUUUAUGCAGCAGAGAAAAAGAUGGAUUCAAGGUAUUCUUUUAGUAGUUCAUACUAAGCAAAUACCCGUACUUAAUAAGAUUUUUCUAGCAAUAUCAUGUUAUUCUUGGGUGACACUGCCGUUGUCAACUAGUAAUGUAUUUUUAGCCGCUCUGUGCCCGAUCCAUGGCCCCCAGUUUUUGGAUUUAAUAUGCGGAUUUAUAGGCGCUGUAAAUAUUUACAUGUACAUCUUCGGGGUAAUUAAAUCCUUUCCUUUAAAUAGAUAUGGUCCUAUCAGAUGUAUCAUGUUUGUGGUCGGUGCUCUGGCCACUAUACCACUUAAUAUUAUUAUUGAGAAUAUUGCUGUCAUAUGGGGGGUUUUGGGCAAAAAGCAUAAAUUUUAUAUUGUAAACAAGGAGGUAAAGGUCCCGGUGACCGUGUGAUUCUCCAGUGUUUCGUAUCACAUAGUUAGGUUUUGUUACUGAGGUAAGCGUGUGCACAAAAUACUUUAGUGAAAUCAUUUUGCACUUAAACUCGAGUGUGUUGAUGAGAUUGCGUGUUGAUAAAUGGAAAAUUGGAAUGUGCAGAAAAUGAUGUAUUGUUAGUUUCUAAAUUAAGCAAGUGACUGAUAUUUUCUUUAUUAUCAAGCUAUUAUAAUAGCCCAAAUACUUAUAUUUAUAACCUACCUAUAUUUGCCUAGUCACUUCUGAGCAAAAAUAGGUAGGUAUACAUUUCAACUCAACUUGAUAUACGUGUAAUAAAAAGCUAUUAUAGGUAUACAAUUGGUUAUAUGAUUGAAUGAUUGUUAGUUCCACGAAAUAAUUUCACUAUCUGUACAUAAGUCUGAAAUGAAUAGAUACCUAAAUAUCUUGUGAUAAGAUGGCACCAUGGUAAUGGAUGUUAAUAGAUUAAUGCGUGUGUCACCUACCUAUCUAGUAUUGAUAUAUAAUUAUGAUUAAGUACCUAGGUUAACUUUCAUCAUAAUUUGUGUUCGUAUUUGAGUAGAAUUCUUGUUGCUGUUUUAAAGCAAAUCACUCAACUGGAAACUUAUAACUAAGGUAAAGUUGAGUUUCCACACAUUUUAUACCUAACUAGGUAUUUAUAAAUUACGCACCGUGUACUUAAUAUUUGAAACAAAUAAAUUCGAAUAAAAUUAAUCUUAUUUGUGGUAGAAUAGGUAAUUACAUAGAGAAUGACCGAGUUAUGUUCUAAAACAUAAGUGUGUGUUUGGUAAAAGAUAUGUAUAUUAUUUUAUCUACAAUUCUGAUCGUUUUGUGAUGUUAUUAUGAAAACACAACAUAAUUACAUAUGUACCUACUCACGUACCUUAAUAUAUUUCACAUUUAACAUGUAAAUAAACAGCACAUCGUUUAUCAAAUUUCGUAUAUAAAAAUGUAAUGGAAUGCACAUUUAUAAUAGUUUACAAAACAGUGUUGUAGGUAAACUAGGUACCUACUCGUAUGCCUUGCAUACCUAUAUGGCAAGUUAUAUAGAUACUAAAAGAUGUUGUAUAAGCGAUUUCUUUGCUUUCAGUUUGAAAAUUGAAUAGAUACUUAGGUAUCUAAAAUAUGUACGUAUCACAUUCAAUACAUUAAUAUACUGGCGUGGUAUUUACGCGUGACGUCCUUGUGAAAGAGGGGCAUUGGAACCAAUUAAGUACUGUUUAUUAGUGUUCUCGACCUUCCGCUCAUGCUGUAGGCACAAUUGUUUGUACGUGACAGUUUUUAUAACCGACACCAUACAUUACAGAAUAUUUAUUUAUAGUAGGUAUUUAUGUUUGUGAACACCCAUUAAACUUUUUUCUCAUACAUGCGCGGAAAUAUUGUCAAUAAUGUCCUAAUGUAUGUUCGUGAUAAAUUGAUAAGGUACCGUAAAAUCCGGUAACUUUAGUCCACAACUUACAACUAUGGUCUAAGUUCAAGUUCCAGUAAAAUAUGUAUAAAUAUUUUUCAAAUUAUAAUUAGUAUCUAAUAUAGAAAAAGAAUUAAGUAUAUCUAAGCAACAUAAUAAAUGUAACGAGUACAAAUCAAAAAGGCUCGUUGAUAAUCAACGUUAAAAACUGGACGACAGUGGUAUUAGUACCUAAUUGUUAUUAAUUUAACUAAUUUAAGUUACCUAUAUUGUAUUUAAAUAUUUCCCGCACAUUUUUUCAGGAAAGUACUGUGUCUACCUUUACCUAAAAAGGGAUUUCCAGUCUCGUAUUCGGCCAAGUAGGCUAUAACUAUAUCGCUUGUCACUUGGCCGUCAAUCUCUGUAGUAAUGUGCUAUUAAUUUUCGAUACAGGUACUUACUACCUAAUAAGAUUAUUAUGAAGGUAAUGAUAAAUUAUUAAUCAACCAUUUCAUUUACACCAUUGAAUGUCGCCUGCACGCGUUGACACGACAUGUGUAUAUGUUGGGUAGCCACGUGCACUGUAGUGUUGUACGUAUACUAACUGAAGGCAAAUAAAUAAAGACACGUUCCUCACACUCAGUCAUGUCAACACUCUAAUCUAAUCAGUUAUAAAACUUAUAAAUUACAUAUAAUAUUUAAAUGUUCUGUAGACUAUACACCGUGGGGUGGAGAAACGCGACAGAUUUUGACCACGCAUUUCUGAGGUCAUAAAGAGCAAAGAAUGUUAUUACACAUAUGAGAUUUGGUCAAAUUCGGCCAAAAUUUUUUUUUUUGCGUUUUCUGCACACGACACGUUAUUUAUUUUAACAUCGUGGCGAAAAAAAAUAACAUUACAAGGAAUAAAUAAAUUAUUUUUUUUAUUUACAAAUAAAAACUGCGAGUUUCCUUUAAAACUUUAUUGUCAGCCAAUAGGUACCUAUGUCUAAACCAAGUCGCAGCCAAAAAGGCGUUUUCACUAAGUUAUUACAGAAACAAAUUUUCGCAAGAAUUGUCAUUAUCUCUAAAACAAAUCGGGCGAUUUCAGUAAACUUUGUAUGACAUUUUAGUAUCUAAAUGCGGUCAUGAAUACUUUAAAAUCUGUUGGGUAUCUCCAGCUCACGGUGUAUUGUUAGCCGAUUGAUCAAUUUACAUAAAAAAAUAGGUCUCCCGCUUUUCCUAGUAAAUAAUCAUGUUUCUAUACAUAAUACUCAGGUCACGACAAAAGAGCCAAUCUACUCCGAUUUGGUUGUAUGCAAAUAUUAUGUGUUUGUUUAUUCAAUUCAAUUCAAUCAAUCAGUGGCGGAUUUGUAGUCUUUGCCGCCCUAGGCCCCAGGCCCUGUAGCCGCCCCUUUCUCAUCACCCAUUAUAUUGACGACAUUUUGAGUAAUUUCUUGUUAUCAUCAGCGAAUUUUUUGUCACAAUUUGCCGCCCCUUAUAUCUUGCCGCCCUAGGCCCGGGCCUACUUGGCCUUAGGGCAAAUCCGCCACUGCCAUCAAUUUAUUUCAGAUAAUUAUCCAUAGGUACGAUUGUUGGUUGUUGUUAUUUAUAUUGGUCAUAGGCUCGCUAUCGCAAACUGAUGCGCAUGUUCACUUCACAUUAGCAUAAACUAUGUAGUUCACCGAUAUCAUUGACAUUUUUCACAUGUCAGCUGUGGAAAGGCCCCUCGGGCCCGAGCAGUUUUGAAACUACCGCAACACAAGGAUAAAGAUGAAAUUCUGAUUUUAACUACUUACUUUCUACACCUUAGAGAAUAUGUGGUCACAUUGACCCCAUGUACCAUUGCUCACACUGUAAACUGGCAGUUCGUAAACCUUAUUACAAAAGGCCUAAGUCCACCAUUGGACAGUUGUUAGUGUUGCUGAUUGUACAGUCACCUGCAAUAAUAUGUUAGACAACGAGGGCCGCAAAAAUAUCUGACUAGAUCUUAAUUGUAGAGCCAUAAAAGCGUGUCACAUAUUUUUGCGGUCUUCGAAGAGUAACAUAUUAUUGCAGGUGACUACUACCAAUUACUUAAUAUAACGCAAUUGUUUUUUGUAUGGAAAGCGAACCACCUUAACGAAAAUUGUAAAUCACCAUAAAUGUUAGCUGAUUGAGGUGUAAGAGGCACAACUAUCUUGAUUGAAUACAAUUCUUAUUAAUUUUUGCGCAAAUGCUAGCAAGAUUAGAACGCGCCAUGUGUAUCGAAUUGACAAGAACACAUAUUUUAAUAAGGAUAGGAAAUGAAAUUCAAAUAAUGAUGUAAAUAUUAUGUUUAGGCAUAUUAUUGGCAAGCACCUAUACAUGGAUCUCGUAAUUUAUUGAUAAAUUAUAGGUAAAAAUCUCAUUUUAUAUUUCUGCUACUAAAUUCGAUAUCAAAGAGUAGGUAUGUAAUUUUAAUUAUACUUAAUACAAUAGCAAUCUCGAUUUCCAAAUGUGCAUUUCUACGUUUUACUAAAAGGGUGAAUCAACUUUUUCCUGUCACUCGUCAUGAUUACGUUCGCCUAGAUCACUUGAUUUUAUGGCAUUUAUAUGAAUCAAAAAUGCAUUUUUGUGGUAGUUUUAGACCCUUUCCGUAAUGGGUCACCUACCAUAUUAGUAAACCGCGCGUUGGUAUAAAAGUUCUUCUAAUAAACUGUGUCACUAUUGUCUCCUGGCUGACGGGACAAAAUAACAACAAGAAAUAGUUGAUCGACCCAAAUAGACCAGGCCAGUUUGAUUUUGUAUCGAUAAAUAAUCUUACUUAGGGCCACUUCACUAGUAUCAACUCACUAACUCGGGGUUAACCGGUUAAACCUGGAAUUACCAUGGUUACCAGUACAAUUUGACACUGGGUUAACGGUUUAACCGGCUAGUGGCAUGGUGCAAGUGACGCUUAGUGUUAUAUAUUAAUCGAUUAAUUUAUUCUGAAUAACCGUUUACUUAACAUACUAAACUAAGCUACCAUGAGAGUAUCCAGUUUUUAUGUUCGUGUCAAGACUAGUCAUUUAAAUUUUUACUUCACAUAUUAUUAGGAUUAGUAGGUAUCUUAUGAAGUUCUAACCUGAUCAAAUGCAAUUCAUAAAUUAUAAAUUAAAAUAAUAAUUUAAUAAAUUUCAUGAUCAUAAUUUCAUUAGUAUUGAACUAAAUUAAACGGUCAAAGAUGAAUGACGACUAAAAGAAAACAACGUUCUCCGUAUUUACAUCUAGACAUUCUAGUCUAGACAAU